AUGAGUUACCUCCAUGCUUGCUUCAGAGACAGAGGUCCCCACGCAGAGACAGAAGCUAUGAAAAGGCAAAACUCUGGUCAGGAGCAUGAGAUUAUUGAAUUACAAGAAGAUAAUGUGGAGGAAAGUGAGGCUCAUCAUGACAAGCCUCUAAAUUCUCAAACAAGAAAGGAGAGAGAUCACUGGAAAUCGUGCGGGAACGUAGUUUUCUGGAAGUGUAAACUAUGGAUGGUUAUAACUACAAUUUUUCUCGUAUUCUUCCUGGUCAUUCUCAUCAGCCUAAUUCUUUAUUCUAAUGUUUACACAGAUGAGGAUGACUAUUGGGAUCCCGAUUCCUUACUAAAUAGUGGAAAUUACCGCAAUUUUUCAGGAACGUUGGAGUUAAUGUGUGGUCUCCCACACCUUUUCUCUGAAGACAUUACUAAGAGGUUAACAGAUGUCUACAGUUCAUCUCCAGCUCUAGGACGCUACUUUAGGUCAGCUAAGGUGGUUUAUUUCAGUAAUGAAAGCUCCACUGUAUUUUAUCAGCUACAGUUUUCUGUACCACCAUCAACAGAGGGGUUUAUGGAAAACACAAUGAAUCCAGAUUUUAUAAGGAACGUUUUACGUCAAAAUAUUUAUGAUGAAGAAGAUACUUCUAAUCCUGGGACAUCUGAAUGUAACAGGCUAAAGCUUGACCUGACUUCUCUCACGUUAACAUAGAAAUGAUGGAAAGACUCUUCAUCUUCCUCACCG